AUGCUAUCCAACGACCUUCUUUCCUACUCCAUCAUGAGAAACGGCGACAGAGCCGUGACCCACUCGUGCUCCCACUACGCCCCUGCCGUGCAGUAUGUGGACUCUGCCAGGGUCUCCCUUCCGCCAAUCACGAGCGUGAACGGUCUAACGGAAGAUAACUUGACUUCUCUCAAUAACUUCACCACCACCAGAAGUCUCCUGGGCCUCCAAAGCUACGGAUUCAACCAGAACCAGCCCACGUACCGUUCGGCCUCGGAACUGUCGCAAGGCGGUUCCCCUAGACUCUCUUCUUCAAGUGAGUACCUGAAUAAUCCAGUCCAAGCCUCCUCGCCAGUGUCUGGAAGUGCUUCUCCACAACUUGCCAGUGCUGAUUUCAGUGAAAAGAAGCGUCGCCAGAGACUUGGGCCCAGUUGUGAUUCUUGUAGAGCAAGAAAAGUCAAGUGUAACGCUGAAGUUAUACUUUUAAGCAGAAACGUCGAAGAAGAAGAGGCUGAAGAGAUGCAGCUGCUUGGAGAAGCUUCCAGAGGGAAGCUUUUAGCUGGAGAAGCUGUUUUGCUUGAAGAGUCGUUUUCUUUGGUCAUUUCUAAUGGCAAAUUGGUGAAAUUUAGACCUUGUUCGUCUUGUGCUACUAGAGAACUCGAUUGCUGUUUUUCUAAAGGUUUUACUAAAGAAGAUAUCGUUCACAGCAAAAGAUCAAGUUCUUUGAGUGCCGUUGGGUCAGUUUCCGUGCUUUCUCUGCCCAAGGCGCCUCUGAGAGUGAAGAAGCGUCUGGACGUGGCUGCACUGGCUAGAAAGAGCUCUUGUGCGGCUUGUAGGAAGAGAAAGGUGAAGUGUGUGAUGAAUGUGAAGUUGAAUAAGUGUGUGGGGUGUGUGAAGAAGGAUAGUGAGUGCAGCUUCACCUAG